AUGAUCCGGACGCGAGAUGCUGCAGCUUCAGAUGAAAAUUUGCAACAAUUCGAGGAGCUCUUAGAUCCGCUGGUGAAGCUUCUAGUUUCGAAAAGCAUGGAACAAGGGCUAGAAGAGGCUAAGCAGGAACAGCAACUGCGUAUGCUGCAACAGAAAAAGCAGAAACUGCUGCUGAAACAAGAGCAGCAGCUUCUCGACCUAGAAGGAAGAGAAGCACAGCGGCACCUUCAAGCAAAGCAGGCACUGCAACACCGAAUACUUGAAAAAGAACGCGAAAGCCGCUUGUGGCGACGGCUCUGGGUGGCACAUAUUGGAACGACACUUCUUCAAGAAGACGCAGUAGGGCGGAUCGUAAAUCAACUGGAUGAGGAACGCUUCUUUCUAUCUAACACAGAAGCUACUAUCUGCAACGUUUGGAAUGACAUAGUCAAAGGAGCAUUUCUGGAAGUGCACAAACACAAGGUGAGCGGAAGUGAUGUGCCUACACUCCGACGGCCGACUGUGAAUGACAUGUUGUACUAUGCUUUCAGUGUCUACAAGCAUGGGUUAUUGUAUUAUUUGCAGAAUAUCAGCGAGCACUUACGUAAACGAUGGGCACGCGAAGAGGCCUUGCAUGCUGCCUCCCGUAGGGUGCAGGAACUGGCAGUCUGGCGCCUCUACCUGAACCAAAGGGAAACUUUUAGGAAGAGCAGAGACAUUCAGAGGGGCAUUGUUCAUAUAUUCAUCACACCAUCAGAGCUGCGUCACGCUGCAGAUGUGGGGACUUCUAGGCGUAAAACUACAAAAUAUUUGGAGCAGGAAGAGCCUAUUGGGCCAAGAAUUAGGUUCGAGCCGACCGUGCAGCCAAGCGAUAAACCUGAACUGCAGGACAGUGCGGAAUGGGCACCUGAAGCAGCUGAAAGCGUUGCUUUAUUCACCUUACCCCAGAAUUGUAUCCAAACCCAGCAUUCUACUACGAAUAAUGCUCUACAGACUGAGAAAGAGCGGCUGCGGGCUGCACUUGAAGAGGAACAAAAUCACAUUAGAAAAUUGGAAGUUGACCUCGAGACCUCAAGAUCGGAUUCAACUGGGUGGAACCACAGCGAGAGCGACCCGCGCCAAGUAGCAAGACCCUACGAUCCUAUACCACCCUCUGCGGCUAUCUGCCUGGGCGCCUUUAGGCUCCAUAGACAGAAUGGAACAGCAGCAAUGAAAAAAGAAUUUGUCUCAAUGGAGACGCUGCAGAAGGAAGUGCAGAAAAGGCUGUUCACUUGUCUUAAGCAGCAGGCAGCCGCUAACAGUUGUGCACAAAUCGUCUUCGAGGCAAACGGACACAAAAUAUCAAAAGUGGAGCACCUGAUAAAGUACGAGUUUGGGACGCUGCGUGUCCGACUCGAGCGGAAAAUAGCAUUUGCUGAUCUCUCAAGAAAAAGCGACAGUCACGGCGAUGAGGAUCCGGAAGAAGGCGACUACAGCGAACGCGGAAAAGCUGAAUAUCGUACACUUCAAACCUUAGUUGCUGACCCCCAAGUUCUAGUUUUGUAA